UCCGCGACGGGAAGAGGCCGGAACGGCUGGGUGAGGCGUUGCUGAGACGGUUGAGCGCUGAGCCGGGGCCGGGCCGCCGCUCCGAAUCGCGGACGUGGUUGUCACCGGAGCCGAGCGAGCGUGGGGCUCCGGAGCCGCCGUUGCUGUCGCCGCGGACGCCGCUGUCGCCGACCCGGAGGACGCGGCCCCGGAGAGGCCUGCAAGGCCUAGCGCGGCCCGCGGAGCCCGAAUCUCUGCCGUGAGUAAAAAAAAAAAAAAAAGAAAGAAAGAAAAAAAGCAGCGCCCUCUGCACAGCCGCUUCCCCGAUUAAGAUGGAGGAGAUUUCGUUGGCCAACCUGGAUACUAACAAGCUGGAGGCCAUCGCGCAGGAGAUCUAUGUAGACCUGAUAGAGGAUUCCUGCCUGGGAUUCUGCUUUGAGGUGCACCGGGCUGUCAAGUGUGGCUACUUUUACCUGGAGUUCGCAGACACGGGCAGCGUGAAGGAUUUUGGCAUCCAGCCAGUGGAAGACAAAGGAGCACGCCGCCACCCACUCUGCUCCCUGCCCGGGGAUCCUGGGAAUGGGCCCCAGCCGGAGCUGCAGCGUUCCCCUCCCGAAUUCCAGUAGUCCCCCCCAAACAAGUGAGAGAGGGGCGACAGUGACCAGGACAAUAAUGUAGAACUGGUCCCGUGGCUUGGAGGAGUAAGCUAAAUUGGAGGGGGAGGGGAACAAAAAAAGAAAAAGAAAAAAAAAAAAGAUAAAAGGCCCAGUUACCUUUAAAGAUCUUAGCAUUUGAAAAACAAAACAUUAAAAAAAAAAAAGCCCAAAGAAGAGAAUUUCGGAAUUUGGAUCCAUUCGAAAGGGUACCCAGUGCCAGCUCUGAAAUCCUGGGCAGGACAGUGUCCACAAGGCCUCGUGCUGCAUUCUUAGCUCUGUCAAUACACCUGGAUGUACAAGAUCCCCGUGCUGCCGUCAGUACACAGGUGAGCAACUGUGUGCCCAGCAACUACAAUUCUUUUGUUUCUCAGAUUUGGAUCUGCUUGAUGUCAAGGGCUUCCUGCAGAUUUUGGAUACUGUCGAUGGUCAGGCCAUGAUCAGUCAGCUUCAGUGGACUGCUCCUCCCAUUCCUAAGCCCCAACUAAAUUGGGCCUCUUUGAUACAAGUGAAAGUCGGGUACGAGACUCGGAUACUAGAAAAAUAUCAAUUCCCAUUUGAAUUUGGUAGGAAGCCCUAGACCUUGUCCACAAGAAGUUGAGAACCACCUGUUUCCCAGAGGUCCAGCGUUUUCAGUGAUUUCCACUGAUGUGGGGACAAGGCCUCGCCUUUGACUCGCCCUAAGCUCUGUCUUUCCAUCUCAUUCAGAGGUGGAGGUUUGGCAAAGGACACGGUGGUAUACAAACAGUUGAAGACUUUGUUCUGAUGCUGUGAGGAGAAAGUAGACAUCUGCAACCGCAUGCCACCUCCACCUGGAAGAUGCAUACCGUGAAUCACCGUGGACAUGUUUGGUGGGACAGUCUGUUCCUGCUUUUGAGUUACUGGUGAUGUAACCAGCCUGUGGGCCUGACUCCAUCACUAUGACAGGUCACUGUCCUGUCAGGGACACCACCGAACUUCAGAAGGGCCCAGUGGCCAAGCAGAAGGCUGUUUGAAAACUGAGCCAGGAGGGAAGGUUUUCCAUCUGCCCUCAGUAAUGUGAAUGAGUUCAGUGCUAAGGGCCCUGAAAGAGGCCUUGCUUACCUGGUAUGGUUGUAGAAUCUCUUCUCCCGUACAUGAGGCAGUCAGACCUCUGCUGUGGUGAAUGAAGACUGCCACCACCUUCUUGGCCCCCACAAAUGACAGUGCUUCACUCGGUCCGCUGGACCUUCCUGGCAGCAGGGGCUGGCUUUUUGUUGUUGGAAGUUAGGAAAAGACCUCCAAAAUUCCCUGACUUUGGAGGCUGGCGUAGAAGUGGAGGGGAAGUGAGUGGCUGUUUAGACCUGUCCUCUGUAGUCCCAGAGUGAGGGCUGAUGGAGGGUAGGAGGGUGGGAGUCCUGAGGUGAGCAGAAUAGACGGUGCUGCUUUAUUUGAAAUGUUUUCUUACCUCAUUCUGUACCCCAGUAUGGGUCCAGCCUCAUCCGUCUGGCUUGGCCAUGUUCCUGUCACUGCUCCACUGCCUAUCUGGUGCAGCUCAUGAUUCCGGGUGCUGCUUGCCACGCUAGCUUUUCUCCUGACCGGUUUCAGUUCACCUUCCAGUGCCCUGCCUCUGAAGCCUACACAAGUUUCUUUUCUCCUUUUUUGAUUUGUUUGUUUAUUUUCAUUUUUGUUGUUGUUCAAGUUUUUAUGUUGUUGGUUUUGUUUUACCUGUUUUUAUGGAGGACUAGUAGGAGGGUAUUCACAUGGCUCCUUCUGGAUCAGGAUGGGAAAGUAGCUUUUUUUUUUGUAUUUCCAAGGUGGUUUCAUGUCUGUAUUUCUCUUAUAUAGGACUGCCUUGCUAGUCUCUCCCAUGCUUUGUCUUGAGUUCUUCCUUCCCAUUGCUAUUUGGAUAUUUGCCUCUUGGGACUUACAGCAGAACCGUGAAUGCUGGUAUACACAAGAUGGAGUUAGUGCUGCUCCAUGUUUCUAACCCUAUUGUGUACGGAUCUUCCUUUUCCCAGGUUCUAUUUGAACUCUAUGGACUGAUUUGGGUUACUGUACUCAAGAGUUAAGGAAACCUUAGUGAUUUGGCCUUGAGACUAUCAAUUGCCUUCUCGGAGUUUUCCAGCUCAGGGUUGGGGCCUAGUUACAGUUUGGAUCCUCAGUCCCAAGAAUUAUGAGAGCCUAGAAAAAAAAAAUGAAACCUUGGCCAGGAACUAAAAAUACUUUUAAAAGAUACCUUUCUACAUGAGUUCUGCACGCACCUUCAGUGAAUUCAAGAGAAAGCAGUCUUAAGACUCCUGUCUACUUAAAGUGCUUGGGAAACCUGAAAGGGAGGAAGGCCAUGGCCUGCUCACUCUUGCCUUCAGAUAGGGAGCUCAAAUGUGACUUUAAUAUUUUCUCUCUGGUCUUUUCUGGGUAGAACAUAAGAAGUGGGUGGUAAUUUGGCGUACUGGUUUGCUCAUAUUCCCGUUUUUGUUUUCUGUCUCCUUCAUUUCCAUUAGGGCCAUAACUCCCCACCCUGUGUAGAUAGAAGGUGGGCUCAGUUCAGCUAUUACUGCCCUGAGGGAAGAACUACUUGUUUGGGAGCUAAUGUUCUCUGCCAUAUUGUUGACAGUGGUUAGGAACACUCCCUUCCCUGCUUCUGUAACAGCAUUCUAUCCUUCCUCUUCAACUAAUUGUAUUGACCACUCUGUAAUCCUAUUAUGUAUCUGAGUGUGUGUGUAUGGGGGAAAGGGGUUCUUUGAAUUUCUGUGGUUUGUGGUUUUUCCUUCCAUAAAUUAGUUCCCACCAUCGCAUGCCCAGGGGCCACUGCCUGGCAUUACUGCAUGCUGGGAUCAUUGGGGGAGGGUUGUGUGAAAUUUACCACUGUCCUUUGUUUUGGAGAUUAUUUUUUACUAAGUAAUUUCAUCUUAUACAAAUAGCUAAUUAACUCUGUGUGUUCCCCUGCCCAUAUGGCUGCUGGUGUAAAUAAAUUGCAUUUUCCCAUUGCUAAACAGUAAUAAUAAAAUUUAAAAAGUAUA